AUGGCUAAUUCAGAUCGAUCCUUCGAUAUUUCUAUGGAAAAAUUUAAAAGCGGAUGGACCUUCUUUGUAAUCCCCUUAACUUCCACAUUAGAUGAUUCAUGCGGUUUCGAGCUUUUGCGAAGUGGUACGACUAGUAUUCGCUUAGAAUUCAAUACUCCAAUUCCCACGGGAGGUGUUGAGAUGAUUGUUUUAGGAGAAUUUGAUCAGAUGCUCAUGAUUGAUUAUAAUCGCCAUAUUGUAUCUGACUCGAAUUUGGGUUAA